GGUGGGGCGGGGCGGGCCGGGGCCGGGCUGGGGCCGAGGUAGCCCCUCCCGGGGCCGGGAGAUGCUGGGAUGGAACUGAGCGGUUGGGGCCAACCUGGGCAGCUCGGGCAGCGGGGCCACCCUGCUGGGGAGCCCCGCUCGGCCGAGGGGAAGCCAAAGGGGCACCCAGCCCCUGACCUCCUCGUUCUCCUACUCCUCCUCCUCCCUGUGGCUCGCAUUUAAGGAGCUGCCGCUGCCCCCAGCACCCCAAGAUCUGCGCCCGGACCCUCCAGCUCUCCGGGGGCCAGGGCACAGGGCCAGCCCCAGCGCACCCUCUCCCCGGUCAGAAACCCGCUCAAAUGGCCGAGGCGCUUUGAGAUCCUGCCUCCCAGCCCCGGACCCGGACGCCGGACCCCGGACCUCAGCUGGUCGGCGGGCUGGCAAACGGGCCGGGGCUGAAGGCUUGGCGCCCAGGACCAUUCCACCGUUCGGCGCCGCUUUCAGCAGCUUCUGCCCAGGGAGAAGAUGAGUGGCGGCUGCCCGGAGCAGGAGCCCCCACGUGCCCUGGCCUGCUGCAGUGGCAGUGGUGUGCCCCUCCUCACGGAGGACAUGCAGGCCCUCACCAUCCGCACCCUCUCAGGCACAGAUGUCAACAAGCACUAUGACCUCAUCCGGGAGCUGGGCAAAGGCACCUACGGCAAAGUGGACCUGGUGUCCCACAAGAGCACAGGGACCAAGAUGGCACUAAAGUUCGUGAAUAAAAGCAAGACAAAAUUGAAGAAUUUCCUUCGAGAGGUCAGCAUUACCAAUACACUUUCCUCCAGCCCUUUCAUCAUCAAGGUCUUUGAUGUGGUGUUUGAGACCGAGGACUGCUAUGUCUUCGCGCAGGAGUACGCGCCCGGUGGGGACCUCUUUGACAUCAUCCCUCCCCAGGUGGGGCUCCCCGAGGACACGGUGAAGCGCUGUGUGCAGCAGCUGGGCCUGGCCCUGGACUACAUGCAUGGGCGGCACCUGGUGCACCGCGACGUCAAGCCCGAGAACGUGCUGCUCUUCGACCGCGACUGCCGCCGGGUGAAGCUGGCCGACUUCGGCAUGACCCGCAGGGUGGGCUGCCGCGUGAAGCGGGUCAGCGGCACCAUCCCCUACACGGCCCCCGAGGUGUGCCAGGCGGGCAGGGCCGAGGGCUUCGCCGUGGACACCGGCGUCGACGUCUGGGCCUUCGGCGUGCUCAUCUUCUGCGUCCUCACAGGCAACUUCCCUUGGGAAGCCGCCUCGGGCACGGAUGCCUUCUUUGAGGAGUUCGUGCGGUGGCAGAAGGGCAGGCUGCCGGGGCUGCCCUCCCAGUGGCGGCGCUUCACCGAGCCGGCCCUGCGGAUGUUCCAGCGGCUACUGGCCCUGGACCCUGAGAGGCGGGGACCCGCCAAGGAGGUUUUCCGCUUCCUCAAGCACGAGCUCACCUCGGAGCUCCGUCGCCGGCCUUCUUGCCGCGCCCGCAAGCCGGCCGGGGACCGCCUGCCCACCGGGCCACACCGCCAGGAGGCCCCAGCACCCCUCAAGAGGACGGUGCUGACUGAGAGCAGUGGGACCAGGCCCUCCCCUCCCACCCCUCCUGAAUCUGGCCUCACCUCCCCAGGGCCAGCCAGCAGGACGGAUGGGCGGCAGGACAAGAGCAAGGGGCAGCUGGUCCUGGCCACAGCAAUAGAGAUCUGUGUCUGAGCUGCCCCCCUGCCCGAUGCCAGUCCCCCCCUCAAGGGCUCCUCUGUGGCAACUCCUAGGGAGGACUCCUCACCCCAGUGCUUGCAUCACAAGGCUAGCAAGAACUCCCCCAGACCCGGUGGGUGAGGGGGACAUAAGGGGACGGGGGACUCAGGGUGGGGAGAGGCCCUUCCUUUGCCUGCUAAAGGAACCAGGAGUCACUGUUCCCAAAGCAAAAAAGAAACACGGUUAGACAAUAGUAAUAUCGUAGUACUAGCCUGAGUAGCUCUACAAGGAUCAGUUGGGACAGAGAUAGAAGAAUGCCCCGUUCAGAUGAUUGGGAGAUGGUGGGGCCCCCGGCCCCCCAGGCUCCAGGCACUAUCCCUCCCCUUGAGGGGGAAUCCAGUGUAGUGGAAGAGCAGGGCUGGGCUAGAGCUGUUCCACAGGGGCCUUGGGUGAGACGUGAACCAAAAAUCUGUCUAGGGGGCCAGGAAGGAGAUAGGGCUGUGCCCGUUCCCCUGACAGGUGAUGAGGGACUGAGCUAGUGAGAUGCCCAGAGCCUAGAGCCCAGGACCUGCAUCAAGAGGGACAGACUGCCAGAGCAGACUCCAGGUUUGAAGGUAGGAUCCUGUGGGACAUAGGGUGGCUCUUAGGGACAUCAUCCCCAACCCAGCUAAGGGGGCAGGGCUGUCUCCCAUCUACUUUCUCCACCUAUUUCUCACCCACCCCCUAUUCCUUCUCCCCAUCUUACCAAUUUCACUGGACUAUCUUAAGUAUUUCAGUCUAUCCUAGCCACUCUGUCCUAUACCUGGCCUUCUACCUGCCCUCCCCAUAUCUUAGCCCAGACUCUGCCUCCUUUUUCUUGAGCCCCACCCUCUCCUCAGGCCCUUAGUUUUUGUCUUUCCCUUCUCUUUGCCUUUGGGAAAGAGAUAGGGUCAGGAUUUUCUUGGAGAGCAGGAAGAGAGAAGGGACUGUUGAUCCCCAAGUCUUGGGAGAGACCCCAGGAUCAGAGAAAGCUCUCACUGGUGAAGUCAGCAGGGAGCUCCAAGGUUCUGGGCCAAAAAGAAUGGGGAAAGGGGAACAACUGUGGUCACUCCAACCUCUGUCCCCACCCCUACAUGCUCCAGAACUGUGAGCAGGGCAGCCCCCGGGACAGUCAAGGAGUAGACUGGGACCAGGAGAAAAGAAAGAAGGACAUAGGGAUGAACUGACCCAGCUACCUGAAAAAUGUAGCAAAUGUGUAGUGUGUGUACGUGAGUAUGUGUGUGUGUAUGUGCGUGUGUGUCCCAGACGUAGAACAUAGAAUGUCAGAGCUAGAAGUGAUCUUAAGAGUUCAUUUAGUCACAGGAUCAUAGAUUUAGAGCUGAAAGGGACCUCUGAUUUUACAGAUGAGAACUGAGGCCCAGAGAGGGGAAGCCCAAAGUUACAAGCAAGUCGGUGCCAGAGCUUAGGCUAAAAACUAUAUUUCCCCAAGAGAGAUAAUGGGUCCCCUAAUGGAAAGGGGGCUUGUCACACCUGACAGAACUAUGGCAGACUGGCAGGUCUGUCCUGUCAUUUCCAGGAAGGCCAUCUCUCCCGUCUGCCAGGGACAGCAGUUAGAGAGUGGGACUGAUGCCCUUGAAUUGAGGUACCAAGAGAUAGUGCCUCAAUAUAAGGAAAGGCAAGAGAGCAGGGUGAGGAUAUAUCUAGUCCAAAUUCAUCUAAAUUCUUAUACCUGGGUCAUUAGCCCUUCAUUCUGACUCUCCUUUGAGUUAGAGCAGGAAGACUAUCCCCUACAUUGGACUGGGGGAAGAAAUACUUACCCUUUCCUUUCUAUUGCCUCAAACCUAAUCAAGCAUAAGGAGGACUCUUAGGAGAUAUAAUAAAGAAUGGUCUUCUUAGGAGAAACUCUGACAGAGGCCCAAUAAACCACUGAUCCCCAACCUCAAUGGCCUGGGGACAAUGACCUAACAAGACAGGUGGCUGGGGGCAAAAAAAAAAUUCCCUGGUAGAAUUUUCCUAUCCUGUGCUGGGAUGAAAAGUUCUUUGGCACUCAGAGGGAGGGAGUGGCCAGGAAGCUGAGAGCCAGAGAUUGUGCAGGACAGCAUGGGGACACUGGGACAGAGAUAAGAGUCUGGCUCAAACCAGGCAGCCAUGGGUUCCACUCCCAAAGCCUGCCUAGUCUCCUCCUGUUCUGCCCCAGGAAAAUCCAGAAUUUUGGUGGCAAGGACCACCACUACCCCAUAAUGGGGCAAAGGCCUUGGCCCUGCCAAAAUGGAAGAAUAGUUCAAGAUCUUCAUUUUACAGAACUGGAGGAGGCAGUUGUCUGCCCAAGUUCCGUAUUCAGUUAGCUACAAAGUGGGAAUUUGGUUACCAGAUCAGCUUCCAGCCCUAGAUGGUAGAAGGGCCAAGGGUUGGCAGAAGCAGACCCAAUGGGGAAUUCCUGGACCGUUUCCCUCCCUUGCAGGGGCUUUGUGCCAGAAAUUGCUCAGUAACUUUGGGUCAGGAUCUGACUUACCAGCUGCAGUACCCUAGGUCAGUCAGGCAAUAAGCAUGUACUCCCUGCCAAGGAUCCCUGCACAUACUGGGAAAUUCUGGGUGGGGGAGGGAGCUGUGUAAGGGACAGUGAGUGGGUGAAUGAAGGUGUGAAUCCCCUGCCUCACCCCAAGUGGAGUCUCCUCCACUGGCCCCAUUAAAAAAGGGGAACAAGACUCAUAGGUCACACUAGUCUCCACCAAAGCCCUCAGGGAACCAGGCAAGAAUCCUUGGGUGAGGGCCUUGUGGUGCAAUGGAAAUACACUAGAAGUAGGCAGCUUCCUGCCAGUCUAAGGGGAAGACCAAGGAAAUGAGAAGGGGGGCCCACCCCCACUGGGAACCCCUCUUUCCCAAGCUCCCCACCACCCCUGGUUCUUCAGGGGACUCUCAGCAAUAACCUCAUAUCUGGUGGGGCCAGGGAAUCGAGGGGCACCAGACCCAGAUGGCUCCUCAUCCUCCAGCCCCUCCCUCCCAGACAAGGCCUCCUGUUCCUCCCCAUCCCCCAACAGUCUCCACUGAGAAAGGAGGUUCGAGGGACCCCUUACAAGCCCAGAUGACCCGGUCAACACCUCACCCUCAGGAUCGGGGGUCCCUCAUCCCCAUCAAUCCAGAAAAGGGUAGGCACUGGCAGCCCCCCACUCUUUCCAUCAGGGCCUGUGCCCCUCUGUAUCCAGCACUCAGGUGAGGGAAGGGGGGGGCUAGGGUUUGGGGAGCAGCACCCAACCUGUCUGACCCCACCUAAUGCCCAUGAGUGGGAUGGGCCCCCAGGUGGCUCCUGGGAGUGGAGUGCCACACACACCCAUCCUACAACAAGCAACGACCCUCCAUCUCCUCCCCACAGAUCACACAAAAGGGCUAUUGACUCCUCACCCCAGACCUAGGCACAGUUUACAAACCAAGCUGAUCCUAUACUGGCCUCCGCCUCUUUCCAUUCUCUUCAGAGGGGCAAAGGACCUUGGACACUUCCAGGGCAGAGUUUGCUGGGGCUUUAAGUUGGAGAGGGAGGGAGGGAGGGAGGGAGGGACGGAGAGGGCCUGGAAGGGCACCAUCCCUAUCCCAGCCAAGAUUCCGAAAGUGUCCCCUCGAGGGGCCUGCCCCUCUCCAGCAGGAGUUGGUGCCCUCUGGAGAUGUGCUAGGGAAGUAGCAAACGCCCCUCUCCUUCCCUAGACCCAUCUCAGUGGAGAUCCCUGCUUCCAUUCCCUUCCCUUGGGCAGUCAGCCUCACUUGUCCCAUCAGGGCAAGGCCCAGGCCUGUAGCCAGGCCCAAAGCAAUUGCUGAGGCCCUGACACCACCGGUGCCCAAUCCUGAACUCUUCAACUUGGACUCUUCCUUUUGCCUUAGGCCUCUUCAAAGUCCUGAGCUCUCGUGCAAUAACGUUGAAGCGAGACUCUGCCGUAGACAAACUUCUCGAACUCUCUUUUAAAAAAACAAAAAAUAAAAAAAAGAUCCUGUUUUUUCUCUCGUUGUAGAAUUGUAGAUUGUUAGAAUGGAAAAGGGACUAGAUAUAUGUACCAUUCUAGUCCAAACCCUUCACUUUACCAAUGAGGACGCUGAGGUCCAGAGAGGGGCAGCGACCUCCCCGAGGUCACACAGCAAGUUUGUGAUACAGCCGGGACUAGAACCACGGUCUUGUGAUUCAUGGUCAGUCCAGGGUUCUUCACACUAUGCCUCACUGCCUUCUCUGGCUGUCAGGUGGGGACCUUUGCCCCAUAAGAGAGAUUUUGGUCACAGAUGUUUACCUCAGUUUAUGUCACUGUCAAAGAAACAAAAAUACACAUAUAUAGCAAAAAAUAAUAAUGAUGAUGAUGAUAGACAUAAAAACUGCAAAACAACAACAAAAAAAUCCCCCUAGUGGUUCUUCCUCUUGUGAAGGUGCAGUGUGUGUUUCCCAGGCUGGGCAGGAGUAUCCACCUGUUCUGCCUAGUCUGUCUUCCUGUUUUCAGUCUGUCAAACAACCCCAGACUAUGCCCACCUCCUUUCUUUGGACUGAUCAGGGACGGAAGGGUAAAUCAAAUCUCUUUCUUCCUACAGCAAAAUCUCCCUGUGAACUGGUGCUUCUCAAUUUUUCACCCAGUAGUUGUACACUAGGGUGGAGUGGGAGGUUGGGGGGAAGAACCUUGUGGUUUCCCAGGGUGGAGUGUGGGAGAGUUCCAAGAACAAAAAGGGGCCUCGUGCCGAACCACUGGCGAAAUCCUCCUGGCCAGUCCCUACGACCCAAAGCAAUUGGGAAUCUAGAAGCUGAAUUAGAAAACAGAUCCUAGGUGGGGUGGAUGGGAAAGGUCUUCAGGAAAGGAGGUUGGAUGCUGGGGUCUGCUCCCAUUGGCCAGGCCAGGCGGGAGGCCCCAGCUCUGAGCUCAGGAAUGCCUGGGCUUCAAAGUCCUGUUUAGCCCCACAGCCACCACCACCUCCAAGCUCUAGCCCUUCUCCUCUAUAUUCUCUGGGCUAGUGAAUCCAAGUUGGGAGAAGCCUCCAGUUUGUCUCUCCCAGGAUUCCCAGAGCCUAGGCCUUCCUCACUUCCAUCAAUACCCUCAGUUUGUCAUCUCACACUAUGCUCAGUGGAGGAUCCCUGUGGCUUCCUCCCUGGCUUUGAGUUUUUUCGGGGGAAUGUAUGUAUGCUCUCCCUGCACCAAGCCUGAAAUGGGAGACCAGAAUUCAUCUCCAGAAAUACUACCACUUCCCACCAGUCGCAUUCCUCUCUCUGAAGACCUCAUCGUCCUGUCUUCCUCUACCCUACCCAAGUGUUUGUAAAUACUUUGAAUCCUUUGCCCCUAUAAGAAGGAGGUUUUUAAAUGUGUUAUUUACUUCUAUAUUAAUGACAAUUGCUAUAAAAUAAAGGGUUAAAAAAAAGCCAGA